GUCUCAACCACAGCGCGCUGCAGCCAAUCCGCUCCGGCCACAGUGUGUUCGUAGCACAUCCCGUAACUUCACCACCUGUCAGCUGCGCCAAAGUUCCUGUAACAAGACUCCGCUCGCCGUCGUUUGUCGAUUAAAGGUGCUCUGUAAUUUCGGCUGCCGAUCUCGCUGAUAUUUGGUUUGUGUAUAUUCGUGAAUACAUUUAACAGCUGCUCGCUGGCGUUUGACAGACAAAAUGGAUGAUUCUAUGGCGUCCGAUAAAGAGACUAUUUCACUUGUGAUUAAAACGCCCAAUCAAGUGCACGGCGACCAGUUAAUCGAGGGUGUGGACAUUAACUGGGUGGUAAAGGAUCUGAAAAAUCAUUUGGCAAAGGUGUAUCCAUCCAAACCAGCUGCAAACGAACAGAGGCUCAUCUACUCAGGCAAACUGCUUCCAGACCACCUGCACAUCAGAGAUGCUUUUAGAGAAACGGACGUUGUUCCCACUCUUCACCUCGUGUGUGCUUAUAGACCUGAGCCUGCUUCUCAGCUCGGGGCCAGACCCAAGGUCAGAUCAGUAGAGCAGCAGCAGCCGGCACCAACCCAGCAGAGAGCAGAUCUUGCCGCCCCAGUGCCAUCUGUGCCUGCUGCGCCCUCCACCACCAACCUGAGACAGCGGGGUCACCCUGGCCCUGCUGUGCCCGCUGCAACAUUGUCGGCCUCGGGCGCUGGCGCCAGCACACCCGAGCCAAGACCAGCAGAGAUGACCCAUCCAGCUUUCCCUACCUACUCUCUCUACAGUCCACAGCAGCUGCUCUGGCUGCAGCACGUCUAUGCGCGCCAGUACUACAUGCAGUACCACGCAGCCAUGGCGGCCGCUGCCUCUGCUCCCGUCAGCCCUGCCCCUGCUGCUGCCUCCCUCCCCGUUGCUGCCCACCAGGCCGCUGUACCUGCGGCCCUGCCCAAUCAGGGUGCGAUAGACAACCUGCCGGCCAAUCACAACGCUCCAGACCCAGCGUUCAUUAACCCGGAAGGGGCGAAUCAGAACCUGCGCAUGAACGCGCAGGGCGGGCCAGUGAUGGAGGAUGAGGAGGACAUGGAGCGGGAUUGGCUGGACUGGGUGUACACCGCCUCCCGAUUUGCAGUGUUCCUGAGCAUCGUUUACUUCUAUUCCAACCUGAGUCGCUUUAUCCUGGUGAUGAGCAGCCUGAUCCUGAUCUACCUGCACACCACAGGCUGGUUCCCGUUCAGACCGAGAGCUCAGCCCAGGCCUGCAAACCAUCCAGCACCAGAGGUCAUUCAGAACCAGCAGAACCAGGACCAGGAUAGACAGCCAGAACCGGUGGUGCCCAAUCCUGAGGAGAGUGAAGCAGAUGGGGAAGGUGUAGGUGGAGUCGAGCAGCCGCCCAUGACGGCGGUCCCCGUGUCCCCGGUCAGACCCCCUGUCCUCUGGACAGCCUGGCUCUUCUUUAAAGCCUUCUUUGCGUCUCUCGUCCCCGAGGUUCCCCAGGGGAUGGCCAACUGAGUUCAGCCCGACCUGGAUGGCUCCCCAACGGGGACGAAGAGGCUGAUGCCGCAUUCUCCUUGUGGAAAGUUGUGAGCGUGUGCUGUGGCGCUCCUGGUUUUAGUGUUUGCUCUGUGACACUCCAGCAUCACUCAUCCAGAACCUUCAGGCACGUUGUCACGGUAAACCAAACUGCUUUGUAUAUACAAGCGUACAUGAGUGCUGCAUCUCGUUUGUAAAUAUUCCUGUACAGUAUACUUUUUUUGCACAGCACUUUAAAUCAUCUACCAGGAGGCACUAGUGUGUGUGUCUCUCUCUCUCUCUCCGGUUGCCUUUUGCAGAACGGUCAGAGCAGAUAAGAUGAGUGAGUCAGGGACUAAACCCAUGGAAUGUGGUUCAUAUCAACACACAAGCAUGACUGAUAGCAAAGGCCGUUCUUUUUUUUGUGUGUGUACACAAAUGCCUUUUACGACUGGAAAGUGUCUGUGUUUGGCAGUCUGAGAGUAACCAUCUCAGAGAAGUACUAGUGAUAACGCUUGGCUUUUCCGAUUUUUGUUUGUCCUUGUCUGAGCUGGUGGACAAACCAAGAUGAUGAGGAAAUUGAAAAGAAUCAAAUUUGAAGAGCACACAUGGUUUUGAGGAGCCACCCAUGUUUAAUGUGCCAGGAGCUGAAGUUGUUUAAACAAAUGUGGGCAAACCAGUUUGAGUUUACUAUUUGCAUAAACCUACUGCACAUUUGGCAUAUCUGGAAAAGAUCACUGACCUGAAGGCGAAACCAGGUCGACUUCCUUGAAAAGGCAAAUCAUAAAUGAAGGUAUUGAUUUUGUUUAUGGGUAUCGCCUUUGCUGAUGCUAUUAAAAUAUGCUACAUAACUUUGUACAAGAAAAUAAAAUAAUAAACAACUUUCAACAUUC